UGCGUCCACCGGAAGAGCGCGUUCCGUGUCCCCGCCCCAUCCAUCCAGUCCAACCUGAAAAGAAGGCGAGUCCUCGGCUAAAAAUAUAAUAGCUAACACAAGAUGGCCGGUUUGCCUCGUAGGAUUGUUAAGGAGACACAGCGGUUGAUUCAAGAGCCUGUUCCAGGGAUCACAGCAACACCCGAUGAAGAAAAUGCACGUUACUUCCAUGUGGUCAUCGCAGGGCCCCAAGACUCUCCUUUUGAAGGAGGCACAUUUAAACUUGAACUAUUUCUUCCAGAAGAGUAUCCCAUGGCAGCUCCCAAAGUGCGAUUCAUGACCAAAAUCUACCACCCCAAUGUUGACAAACUGGGAAGAAUAUGUUUAGACAUUUUGAAAGAUAAGUGGUCUCCAGCCUUGCAGAUCCGUACAGUGUUGCUAUCUAUUCAGGCGUUAUUAAGUGCUCCCAAUCCAGACGACCCUCUGGCAAACGAUGUCGCAGAACAGUGGAAGAAAAACGAAGGCAUUGCCAUAGAGACAGCCCGAUUAUGGACCAGGAACUACGCGGGCAAGAGCGAUUAAAGAAGCAAGACGAAGCAACUGAAUGUGAUCCACAAAAUGUACUUCUACUCUGUCAACAUUUGAAUUUAACGGACACGCAGAAAAAAAAAAAAGAGAAAAAAAGAUUGAGUCCAAAUCUAUUUGAAAGACAAGAUUUACUGCUGCAGACCUCUGGGUGACUUACUUUCCUCUCUAAGAAGCGUUAUAUGUGUGUGUUAGCUUUUUUUUUUUUUUCUGUGUUGCUAUUUAAAUGCAUGGACUCAGAAUGACACCCUCCCCAAUACAGUCUUAAAAUAACAUGCAAUAUGCUGCCCUGGAAUAGGCACACACUGGUACGUUUGCAAAAUAUACAAUCAUGUAUUAAAGCUGUUCUUCCUUUGACACAUGCAUCACUUGUCAACACAUCUGUACGUCUUUGAUCAGAGACAACACGUUUGGAUAUUUCAUCACAUAGACAGCGUGCGGCAUCUUUUUCCUCCCUCUCGUAUGAAGGAAUGAUGAAGUUUCUCUUUACUCCUUUAGGGAAUAUGACGUGAAGCGCUUACAGUCAACAAGGAGGUUAGUUGGAUUUCCACUCCUAAGUGUCCCUCUUUGCAAACACAGUACAAAAUUGAAAAUUAAUCUGGUGGUGCUUACUAUCUAAUGUUGUUUAGCAUCAACUUAAGAGCACUUGGGGGCACUUAAUUUUGUGCACAGAGGUGGAGCACAGUAUUAUCACAGAAAUGACAACCUGACCUGAAAAAUGUAAAGGUUUCCACAGAGUAAGUACCUCCACAAGAUCACGUGUUAGCUCUCAGAAGACACCGUUUAACUUCAGUGCUUUGAGAUAUUUCUUUAGCUGUGAUUAGAUGCUGAAAAUACAGGCUGAAUAUUUUCCUCCACAGAUAACUGAGGGAACAUUUUUACAAUAGGAGUAAAGUCAGCUGAGGUGGAUGUAGUCCUCCAAUGUUUACCAGUUAAGAAAACAAAGUUGUGAACGUCCUCAGCUAACAUUUAAAAGCGUUUAGUCCCUGGACAGGAGGCAUAAUUUUAUACUUUAAAAUAUUCCCUUUUAACACGUUCACAAGUCUGAUAUCAAAACACAAGACAGAUUAGUUUGUGAUCUGAUGACUGAAGCUAGUAAGAUGAGGACUCUAGUGGUCCAAAAUGUUUUGAUUUACAUUUCGUCCCUUUCAAAAGGACUUCAGAAAGCCACUAUUUACCUCCGUUCAGUCCCAGAAAUGAAUGGCCUUUCUUUACAUCCAUUCUCAGUCUUUUCAAACAGACAGUUUGGGGAGGGUGUGCAGAUUACCUCAACAUGCUUUAAAAAAAAAAGCUGUUCUCAACACAUUCAUGGAGAUAAACACUCUGUGUUGAAAAGGAGCUGUGUGCAUGCUGUGGCAGGCUCUGAAACGUGUUGAAAAUAUGCUCUCUUUUUUUAAAAGGUUGUGGGACGCUGAGCCGUAUCUGUUUCUACGUUCAUUUUUUAACUGUCUGUCCAUGCUUUCUUUCUACAUUGCUGAUUCUCUGUUUUAUUUUCGGUGUAAAAGGCGUGUACCAUAAUCCAACUGACAGCAGGACAGUGAAAACUAGUUUAUUUUGAGAUGUUUGGGAGAGUUGUUGAGUUCUUAAAGGGAAAGUACAGCCGUUUUAUUUUGUGCGGUGUUUGCCAUCCGUUCCAGUUUUAUCACCACUAGUUUUUGCUUGUUAUCACUGACGAUGAUGCAGGUGAUUCAAUAGAAUAACAGUUGUGGUGGCAGGAUAAGUUAGAAUAUAAAGUGUUCUAAGUUAAAAGGUCUUUCUCGUGCUAUCCUGAUUUCUUGGGGAUGCCAUUUGUUGCUGAUCUGAAGAAAACAUCUAAAACUCAGAUUAGAGGAAUCAGUUUGACAACAUCAGAUUUGUGCUCAACGGUUGAUGGACAGGACUGUGAUGGUGUUUGUAGUGAAACUCUUUUCUAUUGGUUGAUCUGUGCUCUUGCUCUCGAUUGGAUUAUCACAGACUUUGUGUUGCUUAGAUUUGUUUGUGUCCUGUUGUCACCCAGAGUUAUUAACUAACUGUUUCUGACUGCUACAUUUAUUCAAGUCUUGGAAGACGAAGCACGGCUUAAAACCUGGUUAAUUUAUUGUUUCACUGUUGGACUUGGACAGUUAUGGAAAAAUCAAUAAAGUCACUCACUGGAUUUUUAAGACAUCUAGAUCAAAAGAUUGAGAGAUCAAACUCUGAUGAAUACGCUCCCCAUGUGUAAAAAAACAAACGAAAAGAAGAGUUCUGUUGGUAAUUUCAGUACAUUUGCAUACACGGCUCUUCAAAUACUCUGUAAAUAAACUGAGUUGAGUAAGUAA